AUGCACCUUGAUAAAAUUUAUGCAGCAUGUAAGAAGGUAUGGAUGAGUAAAGGAGAAGAUCAAGAGACAGCCAAAAGAGAACUGAUAGAGAUCUUUAAGUUGCUAGAGGGAGAGCUUGGUGACAAGCCCUACUUUGGUGGUGACAACUUUGGGUUGGUUGACAUUGCACUUGUCCCAUUUUAUAGCAGGUUUUACACAUUGGAGAAAUUUGGGAAUUUCAGCAUAGAAGCAGAGUGCCCCCUUUUGGUGGCAUGGGCUAAAAGGUUUAUCAAAAAGGAAAGUGUGUCCAAGUGUCUUCAAGACCCAGAAAAACUCUAUGAGUUUGUUGUCAAGCUUAAUAAGAUGUUCGGAGUAGAGUAG